CAAGACGCGUCUUUGCAGAUACUUAUCCGCGACGAUGAGCAUCAUCCCGAAUCCUCCUCGCUGGCAAGCCAGAGCUGAUCCUGCAUCCAUAGAUGUUCCAGGUCUCGACACCAAUGCAUCGAUCAAUGAUCAGAUCGAUCAGAUCGAACAGUUAAUAACCAUUAAACUCCAGAACAUCGACGCGAAUUUCUCAAAGAUUCAAAAUGUCAUGGCCACAAAGUUACUACCAGCUGUGAAGCGGUAUGCCGUGAGCACUGAACCCGUUCGGGAAGCUGCAAAGUUCUGGACAUCAUUUUACGAGAAAGCCGCACAAGUACAUAUUCCUACGUAUGAGGACUACUCCUCUUUGCAUGAACAGCGGUCGGAAGCAACAUCCCAGGGCGAAAGUUCCUCUACCCGGCCCGACGCAGAGGAGACUUCUCAUUUCGAUACCGAGGAUGAUACAACGCCUUCACAUCCUCACAGUCGCACUUAUGAUCCAAAUUCUACUGCAUCCGAAGCCUCUUUUAUGCCAUCGAAUGCAGUAUCAUCUACCCCAGCUCGUACCGGGUUUUCUCGUAACGAUACCGCGGAUGAUCAACCUUCCUGGAGUGCAUCACUAGAAUCUCCACUCGUUCGACUUGAUCGCGAGCUCCAGAACUUUACCCUUGGAGAGGAUAGCAUAGUGGGCCAAGACACCACCUGCAAUAGCUAUGCUUAUGAAGAAGAAAACACUGUCCAGCAAUUUUCCGAUAAGGGGAAGUCAAGGGAUUAUUCGCAUGGACACUCUGUCUCGCAGGGUGCAUCGCGCCCCAAUCUUCCAUCUUUGCGCGUUCCACCCAGUGCGCUUCCCACCCCUCGUGGCCUCCCAACUAGCACAAGGGUAUCUCCACUGAAAGUCAAACCAAAGACACCCGUAGCAAUCCCACAGCAUCUACACGCAUAUCUUCCUCCACUCAAUCAUCCGGACCCCCCACUGCCAUCACCUAGGAGGCAGAGAUAUCAGCGCUCUCCGCACAAGCCGUACCCCCCGCUUUCAUCCGCCUCUAACUCGUCAUCCACGCUAGAUAUACCAUCUCUAACGAGACCAUCCGAUGAUUCAAAUAGACCCUUUGAUCAGUUUAAUGACUCCUUCGAUGACUCGGCAGAACUCAUGCGUGGUCUUUCACCACCGCGAACGGUGGCAUUUCCACGUGGACCGAGGUCUAGCAUUGGACUGGGGCUGCUACCACCAGGUCGGACGCCAGGCAAGGACUUGCAUCAUGCAUUGGGAAAGACACCUAGGAAGGAGGCUGCAGAGCGCAUACGUCGCGACCUUCUUGGCGAUGUUCAAUCUGAUCACAGCUCCGUCCGAAGCAGUGCCACUGUAGACCGGUUUGUGGGCUUCAAGAAAUUUGGCUACACCAUUCCAGAAGGCACAGAAGAUACCAUGUCUACGAUUCCCACCCCACCAUCCAUAUCACGAUAUACCCGCCAUGCUUAUCCCUCGGCGUAUGACAGCAGCGACCCAAGCUCCAGCUUAACAAGCAUAAUGCGCGGGGCGGGACUCGGCAUACCCGAAUCAACCUCUACAUCAAAAUCGCACUCCGUCGCAUCUCACCAAAGUCUUGAAACAGCACGGCUUGUCCCUCCUUCUCAACCACAGCCUCUUCAUACCCCCGAUCCACAACCUGACCUUUUCCAUUUCCAACAAGAAGAGCCCAGCACACUACAGCUAGGUGAUCCUCACCCAGACUCUGACUCCGAUUCAGAUUCUCUCGGCGAGCCUGCACACCCAGGACAGCCAUCGACUGCAUUCCUUAUGGCCUCCGCCCGCAAUCAAGACCCGGAUGAUUCGUUUGGCUCGUCAAAUUCAAACCACUCCAGCGACUCGAUCGGAGGAGGCUUUGGCGAUGAAGGCGGCGCCGUGCAUCCAUUUGCGCGCGCCGUUGAGGACGACGGUGAUGGAUUUGACGAUAGUUUUGAUUCUGUUGAUGGAGAUGGAGAUGGAGAUGGCUUGGGGGUGCAGGAGGAGACUGUAUUUGGUAUUCCCCCUACGCAGCGCAAGUACGGGAGAGGUCCAGGCGAGCUCAGGCUUCUUGGGGAAGAUCUUCUGCAAGAUACGAUUGGUAUUGGAAGUCAGCUGGCAAAAGUGGGGAGAGUGGAGGAGAGUCCGACACCAUAUGGGAGGGCCUAGUUGGCCUUGAUUGUGUGUGAUAACUACAGCUUGCGUCAUACUAGUUUUUGCAUUAUUUGUGUGCAUAACGGUCAUGCACGUGUUUUACGCCUUGCAUGGACAGCCUUGCGGGUUGGUACCGGUGAGCGCUUUGUUACGUCGUUGACACCAGCUGUUGAAACUAAGACGCUGGGGUGAGGGACCCCUAGCAGUAGAGGCAGGAGGAGGUGUUUGCGGAGGUUUAGGUCACUUAAUCAGCAUCAGAGAGACAUUCGAGACGCCACUGCACUAGUUAGGACAUCAU